UCCGAGGCCGGGCCAGUAGCGACUCUACCGCGGUCCGAGUCGCAUGGACCGCGUGUGCUCCACCGCUCCUGCGCCAUCGCUCCGCAUCUCCAGACGCAGUCGCGAGUCGCUUAUCGCGGGCCAGCCUUCCGAUUGACCAAAAAUCGGCCAUGGAGCUGCCGGCGGAUGUAAUCCUUUGACGGAGCUCGUGAUAUUCUCUUACCGCCACGUGAAAAAACGACCUAUUUCACGGAGGCCACGUUAUUGGAUCACCGCCGCCCUAUCUGCCCUAUGUACACGAAUUGUAGGAAAACGAGGAAUACUGCAGACGCAACUCAACCAAAAGCAAUUAGAAUGGCAGGGUCAUCAGUAUUAGAAGAGGCCGAUGGGGCGGAAGUCUUUGAAGAACCUUUCUUUAGCACUCUAGACAUCGUUCUUCUAGGGGCUCUCCUUUUAGCUGCUUUAUGGUGGUUAAUGCGACGCAAUAAACAAGAUGAUUUCCCACCGAGCACAAAAUCAUAUACUAUACAACCAACAUCAUAUACUGCAGUUGUGCCUUCUGAGAAUUCUUUCAUUAAAAAAUUGAAAACGUCUGGUCGCAGUUUAGUAGUAUUUUACGGUAGUCAAACGGGCACUGCUGAAGAGUUUGCUGGCAGACUUGCAAAAGAGGGCAUUCGUUAUCGAAUGAAAGGAAUGGUUGCCGAUCCUGAAGAAUGCGACAUGGAGGAGUUAAUAAAUUUAAAGACGAUACCCAAUAGUUUGGCAGUAUUUUGUUUGGCUACAUAUGGAGAGGGCGAUCCUACCGACAAUGCAAUGGAGUUUGUCGACUGGUUGAAAAAUGGUGAUGCUGAUCUUUCUGGUUUAAAUUAUGCAGUGUUUGGGCUUGGAAAUAAAACCUACGAGCACUAUAACGAAGUAGCCAUAUAUGUGGAUCACCGACUCGAACAACUUGGUGCUACACGUGUCGUCGAAUUGGGCCUGGGCGACGACGAUGCCAAUAUCGAAGAUGACUUCAUUACGUGGAAGGAUAAAUUCUGGCCAGCUGUAUGUGAUUUCUUUGGCAUUGAGAGUGCUGGCGAGGAUGUCAGUAUUCGACAGUUCAAACUGACGGAACAUAUGGACAUUGCUUCCGAUAAAGUCUACACCGGAGAGAUCGCUCGGCUUCAUUCCUUUAAAAACCAGAGGCCGCCACACGAUGCGAAAAAUCCAUACUUAGCACCGGUGAAGGUAAAUCGUGAGCUACAUGGGCCUACAUCGGAGCGCUCUUGUAUGCACAUUGAACUCGACAUCGAAGGCUCCAAAAUGCGAUACGAGACAGGAGACCACUUGGCCGUGUAUCCGGUGAACAAUACAGAGCUCGUCGAGAAAAUUGGUAAAAUAUGCGGAGUCGAUCUGGACACUGUCAUUACCCUCACUAAUACAGACGAGGAGUCCACGAAGAAAAAUCCAUUCCCGUGCCCCUGCUCCUACAGAACUGCAUUGACGCAUUACUUGGACAUUACCAGUAAUCCGCGUACUCACGUUCUGAAAGAAUUAGCCGAGUACGCGAGCGAUCCCGCCGAUAAGGAAAAACUGAAGCUCAUGGCGUCGACCAGUGCCGAAGGCAAGGCCCUUUAUCAACAAUGGGUGAUCCAUGACAACAGGAACAUCGUGCACAUAUUGGAAGACAUCCCGAGCUUGAAACCCGCCCUUGAUCAUCUCUGCGAACUUCUGCCUCGACUGCAGUGCAGAUACUACUCUAUAUCCUCGUCGCCAAAGCUGCACCCAACGUCGGUUCACAUUACGGCGGUUUUGGUUGAGUAUAAAACUCCCACUGGUCGUAUGAAUCGUGGUGUUACCACCUCGUGGUUGAGGGAGAAACGACCUGCGGAAUCACCGUGCGUUAUUCCGAUAUUUGUGAGAAAAUCCCAAUUUCGCCUUCCCUCGCGUCUAGUAACACCUGUCGUCAUGGUUGGCCCAGGAACGGGCUUGGCACCGUUUCGGGGAUUCAUUCAAGAGCGGGACCUUGCCAGAAAAGAUGGGAAAGAAGUUGGGGACACUAUUUUGUAUUUUGGAUGUAGGAAACGCGACGAGGAUUAUUUGUACAGAGACGAGCUCCAGGAGUUCGUUGAAAGUGGUACGUUGAAAUUACAUACGGCCUUUAGCAGAGAUCAGCCGGAAAAGGUCUACGUUACACAUCUUCUUGAGAAGAAUAAAGAUGAACUGUGGGACGUCAUUGGCAAGAAAAAUGGACACAUUUAUAUCUGCGGGGACGCGCGUAACAUGGCACGGGAUGUUCAUAAUAUUCUUUUGAAAGUUGUGAUGGAAAGGGGCAAAAUGACAGAGAUGGAGGCAACUUCGUACAUAAAGAAAAUGGAUUCACAGAAACGUUACUCCAGUGACGUAUGGAGUUGAAUUUCGUAUUACGUAUGCAUAAACAUACGAACUAAUGCUAAUUGCAAACGCACUUGCUCGUUAAAUGACAACUAUGGUACUCAAUUUCAGUGGUUUAAUUUCUUGGACCUUCGUAUAUACACGCUUUCUUUAAACAAUGUAUAACGAUGUACAUAUCGUUGGUUCGUAGAAUGUGCCAUGUUGAAUUCGUCUUUUUCGUAAUGAGUUUGCAAUCAAAUUAGACAUUGAUUUCAUGUAAUAUUGCUGCAUGAAAUCAACUGUACAAAGCCGUGGCAUUUGUAUCGAAUUGUAUGUGGAGUACGCGCUCACUAAGAGCGAGGAGUAAAAAAAGGAAAAUAUGAAAGUAAAUUAAAACAUUAUCAUAAGUUUUAGGGAAAAUGAAGCAAUUGAUUAUUUGUAAUAUUGUUUUGAUUUUACGUCUAGCACAAUGUAGAUAUAUGCAUACAUAAAAUGUUCAAGACCAGAGUAUAACUUUUGUUAUAUAGGAAUCGGAGUGCUGUUCGCACUUAAGCAAAGGGAAACUACUUUAUUAUAUUAAAUAUCGUACUGGUGGCAUACAAUAUAAUGCGCACUAAAUAAACUGCUAUUAAGUUCUGUAUAUAAAUGUGUGUCGGGGAACAAUUUUAUUAGAUCUACGCUAAAUUCGUAUAAAACGCCAUUAUUAUGAGGUAUGAGCAUACUAGCGUAUCAGUAAAUAGGCCUGUGUAACCGAAUUAAUGGAACGAUAUUGUUGACUAUAUUAAUUCAACAUUCUUCACGGAGAGGUUGUGUAACUUUCUUGUUUCAUAUAUUUCUUAUGACAAAAAUGAAUCUAGGUCUUACUAAGCGUUUCGUCGAAUAGCAAACUUUUAUAAGUAGAGAAAUUGUUUAUUAAUUUAUGCGUAAGUUCAUUCUCGUACCAUAAAUGUUAGAUGCGUUUUGAUAUCUUCAUAAGUAUGUCGGUGAAGUGCUGAAAUCGUGGCCGCCGACUUUUUCGUUUCAUGUAUUCCAAAGUCUUCAUCUGUGGGCGGAAAUCGAGUUAAGGUUUAUUAAAAAAAAAAAAAAGAAA